GUAUUUCCUAACACGGUCGUCUGCUCUGCAGGUCGUGUGAUGCAUAUAAUGACCGCUUAGAGAAGUCGUUGCUAUCGAAUUUUGUCCGUGACAUCGCGCGCUGGUGCAGCUUGUCACGACCGCACGAGGGCGCACGAGUGGCACUGGCACGGCUGGGCAAGGCGGCGAUGAGAGCAGGGCCAAGAAGGGAGAGUUUUUGAAGAGACUUUCAAUAUUUGUGAAUUUGGAAGCACAGGGAGGAGAAUAUUCCGAGUAUUUGCUCAAGAUUUGGAGUGUUGUCUGCUAGUCAUAAUUAUUUCUUGAAGUGCCUAUAACAUAAUCCUUUACAAUGGACACGCCUAUGAAAGAUCACAUUGUAAUGACACCAAAAAGCAAAACAUCUAAUUCAACUACUCUGGCUAUAGAAAGACAGUCUAUUCCUAUAGAAAGCAAACCAUCUGAUAAAAUGCAUGUAGCUGGUGGUGAUCAUCGUGGAAUUGUCAUAAACAAGGAAAUUGUAUCAAAAGGAGAUGAUGUUCCUGCACAGCUGUCAUUGGAGUUCCGAGUAUUCCUUGUUAAUGCGCAGACUGGCAUGCAUACACAAGAGAGUCGUAUUUUACAAUUCUGGUUCAUAGCGGAUCUGGGAGAAAGAGAACAGGCUACAGUGGCUCAAGAAUUUUUUCGUGAACUUGUUAGUCCUCAAGAAUUUCCUCGAGAUUAUGUUGGUUUUAUCAAGAAGGUAAUGAAAUUGCUACAGCACAAAUAUGCAUCUAUUCUGAAAGUUGAAGUUACGCUGAAACAGUUGGAGCAAGGCCAGGUUCCACCAGCACGCCCAUCUCUGGCUGGUGGACUCCUUGUUGCCUUAUGUGCACCUGUUCAUGCAGACACAGUGUCUGCAGAUGAGAGCUCUUUGGGUGUAGCACCACUACUCACAGCUGAAAAGCUUUUGGAACUGAUAGAAUCAGCCUAUCCAAAUCCAGUGUUGGAAGAAGAACUAGCCCGAGAGCAUGGCUGGGAGCAAGAGGCAGUUGCUGCAUUGUUGGUGGAACUGCAAACCAAAGGCCUAGUGCGUGCUGUAGAACAUGGAGCUUUCACACGUGCUGGUCAAGCUGACUCUCAACUUCAGGUUGUGAAACAAAUGCCAACCAUGGUGAGUGCUAAACAGCCAACAAUUGCAAUUAUCACAGCACAGUACUGUGAAAAAUUGGCUGUGGAUACCAUGAUAGAAAACAAGGAGACAUUUGUACGCUACACUACUGUGGGAGAAUCCAAUGUUUACACUUUGGGUAACAUGGGGGCACAUCGGAUUGUAUGCACCAAAUUGCCGACAGUGGGACACACAAGAGAAGCUAUGACUGCAGCUGGGAACACCACAACUCGUUUGCUUGGUACAUUCCAAAAAGUUGAUUUUGUGUUCCUGGUGGGUGUUGGGGGCGGUGUUCCUCACUACACAGACUACAGUAAGCAUGUGCGCUUAGGGGAUGUGGUUAUCUCCUAUCCUGUUGAAGGCAAAAAGUAUACUUAUGUGUAUUGUGAAAGUGCUAAAUCAUCACCUCAUGGAGGAUUUGAAUUUGAAACCAAGGAAUAUUGUCCCCCAAAUUCUGGAUUACAAGAGAUUGCUGCUAAAUUACACAUGCAGGCAACUUGCAAUGGAGGUAUCACACCCUGGGUUACAUACAUGGAAGAUGGAGUGAACCAACUUAAACAAACAGAUGCUGAACAUGACUUCAGCCAGCCAUCUGCUGAUACUGAUAAGUUGUAUAUGGCCAUAGGUGAACAUGAUCUGAUUGAAGUAGCACAUCCUGCCCCGUCUGAGGGUAUGGCAAAACGACUCUCAGGACGUCCUCGUCUUCACUUAGCCCCUGUGGCAUCUGGGCGCACAAUUGCUCGUGAAGAUCAACUCAGACAGCAUUUUUCUGCUCACACAGGUGCACUUGCAUUUGAUUCAGAGUUCGAUGCUGUAAUUGAAUCAGUAUUAGGUAAUUGUCGAGAGAGUUUCAUGUGUGUACGUGGUGUAGCUGACUACAAAGAUGGCACUCGAAGACGGGAAUGGCAACCCUAUGCCUCAUUAGCUGCAGCUGCUGUUAUGAAAUCAAUCAUCUGCAGCAUGGAUCCUCCUACUGAUGCAUGAAUGUAAUGUUAUCUAGAUGUGGGAUUUAGAGGGUAGAAAGUUCUGUACAAAAGAUAAUAGUCUGGUAUUUUCAUUAUAACUUCUAUUUUUCCUGGUCAGAUCUGCAUGUAUAUAGUAUCCCAUAGAUCAUAUCAGAAUUGGUAGAGAAACAUUUGAUACAUCUGCUCUGUGAUGGCCAUUCUCACUGCCAUGGAUCAACAAACUGUCAAACUCUAAUACAUAGAGAUAAUCAACGGAUGAUCCACUGUAGUGGGUUUGUUUGUCGUAACAUAUUGUAGUGUUCUGGAAAAAUGAAUUCUAAUAGGGUGCCAUGAUUCAAUUUUCAUAUUGAAAAAUUUCUUUGUUUCUUCUUUUGUCUUCUCUAUUUUCAUUUAAUUCUCAGAUUAUUGGAUUAAUUACCUUCCUUAAUAGUUUUUAUUAAAAAUGUUCUGAUCAUAUUCUCAAGUGUGGAUUUUAGCAAAAAGAAAAAAUAUUAUAAGAAUUAUAAUUUUUUUAUUGAUUUUCAAAAGAAUAAUAUUAUAGGUUUUAAGAGUAUAAUUUAUUUUUUCAAUGCACAUUCUUAUUGAAAAUUGCAUUGUUAACUUUUUCAUUUUAAUGUAGAUUUUUAUAACUGUCUUUUGUGUUGUUGCUUUUAUGGUGUAUGAUUCGCUAACAAUUUGUGGAGAGAAACUCUUGAACAAAAAUGCAUGAAUUUUGUUAAAGCAGCAGGGUACACAACAAACCAAACCCAUUAACUUGUUGAUUGAUGUAGAAAACUUGCAUUUAAUUCAACAUUCAUGGCAAUUGCAUUUCUCUUUUGUCUCUUUUUUUUGUGAUGCUCAAUAACAAGAUUUCCUUUAGUGCAUGAUAUCAAUUGAUGUGAUUGUAUCCAAAUGACACAACAUAUUACAUAAUUUAUGCUUAAGGUUCAUUAUCAUCGUCAUUUGUGUUUGGGUGAUGAGGUCUAUGCUUUGAUUGAAAAGGUAAGUGACACUUGAAGGAAGCUGUCAUAGAUUUCAGACUUAACUUCAUUGGUUUAACCACUAUUACUAUUCCAACUUCAUUCAAAUGCCAUGUUUUACAAACCUAAAACUGUUUAUAUUUUCCAAAUUAAUUUUCUUUUAUUAUACAGUAUAUUAUUUAAACAUACAGAACAAUCAAUAAUUGUUGUCACGGUGAUUUUACAACUUAUGAAACAAUUGUUGGUGAUUUAAAUUCUUUUUUAAGAGAAUUAAUUAAAUAAUUAUACAUUAUAUAAUUAAGGUUUCUUGUUCACAUUGGAGCAUUCAAUCAAGAAGUGUUCUCAUUUCUUAGGUCUUCUUUAUUUUAAUUUUAUUUGUGCAAAUAUUUCAUGAGUUUAAAAAUCCCAUUUUUAUAACUUACACUAGAACCUUUAUUGAUAGAAAACAAGCACAAGAGUUUAUUUGUUUUUAGGCUUAAAAUAGAUCAAGAGUUUACUUCCUAUAAUCAGUGAGUCAGUAUAUGGGAUCAUAUUAUUACAUAUAUUUAUGAGAUUUUUUUUUUUAUUUCUGUCUAAACUUUUCAUGGGAAACUCCCUUUGAAUCCUGACUUCCUCAUAAUUUCGAUUUUCUUUUUAAUAAUUUAUAAAGGAAUAUUAUGAAUUUGUCUCCAUCUUGUAACACAGCAUUCCUGUAAUUAUGAUACAGUGUUAAUGCUUCUUAGAGUUAUAAUUAUGAAGAAUGCUCAAGAGAUGAAUAUUAAAAAAAGAAAGAUCUUUCUGAAAUUUUCGUGACAGUGGAAAUUACUGGAAGAAUUGUGAUUGCUGGAUGAUUUAUUUUGUUAUGAGGUGAAGUUAUUUCAGUAUUCAGGACAGAUAUUGACACAUUUUACUUGAUCGCAAUACAACGAAUGAUUCUUUUUCUCAUAUGCUGGUACUGUUUGACUUCUUACAUUGAUUUAUCUGAUAAUUCUUCUUUUUUGCUUCAUUUUCUAAUUUUGUACAUGUUAUAAAUUGCACAAGACAAAUGUGUGUUAAAUCUUCAAGCAACAUUAAAAACAUUAUUUAUUCUCUGGUGAAAGUGAGAUGUGCAUGGAAUGCAUCUGCAAAUACAUAAAGGUUUAGGAAAAAAUAAGUACACAUGUAAGAUCAUACCUGUGCUUACUUUCGUUUUGAAUUUAAUGUAUACUUGAGAUUCUUUGAAAUUUUUUGUUUUGUUCAUAGGUAGAUUAUUUUGUUGGGAAUGGGAUAUCUUUUGUACUUUUUAAAUGAGUGCUAAGGAAGUUAAACCAGUAGAAUGUACCUGUGAUAUAGAAUACGAUUGCAUCUUGAAUAUAGCAGUUUCAUUUCUCACAUUGAGUCACAUCUUCUAAGAUGACUUUGUGUAUUGUAUCAAUUUCAAAACCCAGUAAGAAUUAAUACCACCUAUUGUUGUGUUUGUAAUGUGUUAAUACUUUUUAGUCACAUUGUAUUUUCUAAUCACGCAAUUUAAUGAUAGAGUAAACACAAAUCUAAUGCGAACAUUUCAACAUUUCUCUUGCAAUGAGAAUUGUGUUAUGGUUAUUUUCCUGAAAGAGAUAAUGCCUAAUUACAGUGCUAAUAUAAAGAACAUUAAACAAUGCUGGUUGUUGAUGGCAGAAAAACUCAUGUUAACCAACAAUAAUUAAAUAUCUUUAGAAAAUUAGAGUGAAAGGGAUUCUCAUUCUUAAUUUUUUACUAGUAAUUGAAACUCUAGUUAUUUUAAAAUUUUUCUCCAAGAGGAAAUUUAUCUCUAUUAAAAAAAUUGGAGACCAAAACUUUGUGAUUUCUGAGGUCUCAUUUUCUUUCUUUGGGAAAAAGAGCAAGAAAUUAUUAAUGAUUUUAGAUUCCUUGAGCAUUGUUUGCCCCUUCAAUUUUUGAUAACCUUUAGAAAACCCGACCAAGCUCAAAUCUGUUAUUUUUAUAAAUUUUAAAUUCCUAUGACUAUUGUCUCACUAUAAAUUUGAAAAUAAUCCGAUUAUUAUAUUUUUAAAUAGACUAUGAUAACAAUGAAUUACAGUUUUACCAAAACAGGAGGAAGAACUUUCUUUUCUUGGACAAAUGAUGUUGCAAUUUAAAAUCCUAAUAGUUUAAACUUUUUACUGGAAGACCAUUUUUACUAUUAACAGACAACUUUCAUUUCUUCUCCAGAUUUAUAGUUUUUAAUGUGAUUUUCAUUGUUAUUGUUUUUAUCCUAAGAAAAGGAUACCUUAUGGCCUAGUCUGUCCCAAUUUGGUGGAUUAUUGAGUUGUAUGAUCUUUAUCAAAUUCCUGCAUCAUUGUGUUUUGGUGCAACCCAACUGGCAAUUUUGCAACAGUUGCAUAAACAUGUACAUAUAUUGAACAGGAAUGUAAACUAAAGCAGCAGAAAGUGAUGUUUAAUUUCUCAUCGAAUGUGGUUGACAAACUGUAUCAGUUUUACUUAGCUUCUUUUGAAAUUAAUUGAAAAAUGAAUGAAUCAGAAUUAAAAUACAGUAACAUAUACAUCUGCUAGGUGCUGCUAUUUUUUAAAGAAAAAACACCUCAGUGCCAAAAUGCUAUGUAAAUGUAGAUGUGUGAGCCAUUUGCAAUACUAAAUUGUCAGUGUAUUGUUGUACUUCAUUUGGCAGCUCUUUAGUGUUAGAUAAGGAAAAUCUAUGCAAUGUUUUCUUUUUAUGUUCUUUUGAGCAUCUUCAAGUUAGUUUUGCUGGCAGCUGACCAUCAAAGCUUACAUUAAUUUUUAUCAUUUGUGAUUUUCUAAUUUGAGCUACAGCAUAAAUCUUUAAGGUAUAAACUGUAGGAUUAGAAAUGACUGUAUUUUUCCUUUCUUGUAUGUUAAGAGCUGUUCUUGAGACUGGUUUGAGGCCUCAAACUAGCAGUCUUCCCUACAUAUAAAGCAUUUAAAUUCAUGCUCAUUUUGUCCUUUUGGCCUUAUGUGCAGUGAAUAUACUAGUUCCUGUGUUCUUGCCAUAGUGAGAGAUAUUUCUAUAUUAUGAGACUUAAAAUUAAGUUAAUAUUUGUAUAGUUGCUAGUCAAUAGAGGUGAUUAUAUUCUGAUUCCAGCUAUUUAAUGGGUAGAAUUAGGUGUCAGACUAUAAUUCUUCAGAAUACUUAGUAGGAUGGAAGUAUUUAAAAGUUUAUUAUCAAUCAAUAUAAAACCCUUUAUGAGAGAAAAUAAUUGUGGUUGUACAGUAAAAUUCAGCACAUUAGUCUAAAUUUGUGACAUAUUUAUUAGUUACAAAUAUCCUAGACAUUAAUAAAAGUUAAAGAUAAAGAAAAUUUCAUAAUGUAUAGGCCUAAUUCUUUGUCUAGGAUUAUUCAAUAUUGAGGUAAAUUCAUGAUAAAGUAUAGUUUUUUAGCAGUGAACAAUAAAAAAAAUUGUUUUAGCCUAUCAUAAUAAGAUUUAAAAGAAAGCAGCUGUAUCAUUCUCUUAAUGCCUUUCUCAUUCCAGUUUAUGUUGUUCCUUAAAUUUUAUAUUAAUCUUUUAUUUUUGUUAUUAUUGUUUCUGAAAUAGGAUGUUAAAAUGUUUUGUUCUAUUAUUUCUUUUCAUUUUUGUUUUGACUUUAUUUUUUUAUUUACAGAGAAUUUUUUAUUAGACUAUAUGAAUUAUGUAUUUAGACUGUAAUGAUGAGUUACCAACAAUUCUGUUUAUUUUUAAGACAAAAGAAAAAAUAUAUAAAUGUAUUUAUUAAGAAAAUAUUAAUUUUUGUAAGAAAAUAGAGUUUAAAAGAAUUAUAGAUUUUUCACUUAGACAUUAUCCUUUGUGUGAUUGUACUGGAAUCGUUUUAACCAAAAAACACAUUAAUAAGUUGUCAUUGUAAUAAAGAUAUAGGUUUGGAAGUCUUUGACUAAUGUGUAUACGUAGUGUGCAUUUUUUAAUGGAAGCUGGAGAGCAUAUCACAGGGUAAUUAAGGUGUGAAAUAUCUGUGAUGAAUUUCGACAAUUGUAUUCGAAGGAUGGAAUUUGACCUUUCCUCUUGUGAUUGUAUGUUAAGAGACAAAAGUGUUGUGAACAUUAAUUAAGAAAGCAAAGUUAUGUUGGCUAAUGAGUAGUAAGUGAUCUGACCACAAUAUUUGUUUGUUUUAUUCUUUCACUAUUGUUUUUCAUUAUACUAUGUAUCAUAGUACUUCAAUCAACUCUAGUUCAUUAAAAUAAAAUUCAAAGUUAUUACUUUAAUUUGAGAAACUAGUAUCAAUGUGUUUUAUGUGCAUUUCAUAUUAAGUGCAAGUUAAUAUUUUUUGGUUGCAAGAUACUUGACAAAAUACAAUUUUUUUUGGUGAGUUAAGUUCUUCUGAGGAACUACAUUGUUCUUAAAUUGAAAUGCUAUUUUUUUAAACAAAACUGGUAAAUUGAUCUUAUUUUGUAUAAUCCUUAGUCAUUGAUGGUUCUACAUCUUGAACAACACUGGUAAUUAUUUUCAAGAUUUAUCAAGAAGUUGAAAAAAAAGGAUUAACAAUAUUUUCGUAGGUACAACUAUUUAGUGCAUAAUUUAUAAAAUAGAAAUGUACAUACUGUUGUAUAACAAUAAUUGGUUGAAGUGUAGCUUGAUUAUGGAACUUUGCUUGAAUGAUUUCCCAGGGAAGAAUGUAUAUUACAAAAUUCAAACAUUCGUGAUUGGCUGACAGUAUUUGUUAUGGACAGUAAUAUACAUUAAUUAUUGAGUCCAAAGGCCAGAAUCUCGCUAAACAAAGUGGGCAAAGUAAGUCUUUGUAUUUUUGUGUCCAUCCUGAAUUCAGAAUGCUCAAGAAAGCGGGUGGUUAUUUAGAGAAAUCAAUUAUAUUUUACUCCUUUCUCCCUCCCUUUGACAUUUGGGAAUUCCUCAAGCAAAGGAGCACCGUAAACAGUGCAUUUUAAAUGAGUGAUUAUGGUAGAUAUAGUGACACCGUCCUUCACCUACAUAUAUCUGUAUAUUUUUUCUUUUCGGAAUGAUAAAUGAAAACUUUGGGAAGAGAUUACUCCGUGAUAUGCUGUGAUACUUGGAAGAAAGGGCCUUGUUUAUAGGCAUUUAUUCGCAAAGUUGGAACGAUAAGUGAUAAAGGAUAGUGUUUCUUCACUCAUCAAAUUUCAACAAAUCAAUAUGCUUGGAAUGCUUAUCUUACAUAUGUUAAAAGUUUUAAGUUCAUGCCACUUGGUCAUUCAGAAUGUUCAAGAAAUUUCAUUUAAGAUAAUUUAAUUAUGAAAUACCAAUGCAAAAAAUAGUCAUGCCAGUGUGUGUGCUAAAACAGUUCUGGUAAUUCUAAAUAUAUCUGUUCUGCAAUUUUAAAUAUAUAAUAAAAUUUAGGAUAUAGCCGCAAAAAUUCAUUACAACUGUAUAGACUCAUGGAUCAAGUAUGGAAAUCUAAUUUCAAAAGAUAUUAUGCUUUAAAAUUAGCGAGUAUGGCUUUUUGAAAAAUGAUUUUUGUUUCUUUAAACUAUUUGAAAUAAAUAAAUAGAUAUAUAAUGUUGUGUGUAAAAAGAUAUUACAAGAGUUAAGUUUUUUUUACUCCAACCACUUUCAUCAACUGGAUUUUCAGGUAUAAAAAGUAUUGAUUCUCUAUUUGCUAUGGUGGCCUAAACAGAGUUGCAGAUUAUAAGGGGAACAUAUGAAUAAGAUAUUUUGAAUUCUUACUGUAGAAAUAAUUGCCUCUUCCUCAGUGCCUUCUGUACAACAAAUGGUUGUAACUCAAAAAUUCCUGAAGACUAACAUUUGGGGAAUAUCAGAUGUUUUGGUUUUAAAUCCUUUUCAUUUAGGAAUAGUAAUACUUCAUUCCUCCAUGAUCUUUUCUUUUGAUGGAUAUGAAAUGUACAAUUUUAAGUAUAACGCAAAUGUUUUCUUUAAGCUGAUUUGUAUGAACCUUCCCAUUUUUCAAGUUAUAAAAGAGAAGCUCAUUUAGUUUGAAGCUGAAAUACAGUUAAAAAAAUGUUUUAUUUUUAUGGGCCACUUAACUGAUCAAAUUUUCUUAAAAAAUGUUGCUCUGAAAAAUAAUUUUUUUGUAUUUUUUAAAAAUUACCAUUUCUCAAAAAGUGUGUUCUGUUUAUGGAAGUAUGUGAAUGUAAGACAAUCUAUAUGUAAUUUAGAAAAUAUUUAGUUUCAAGCAAAGCUUUGUUCUGUUAAUUCUUACUAACUGGUCUCUCAUUAUAGGCAUAUUUUUCUUUUUAUAAUUGCAGACCACAUGUAAGAGCAUGUACAAGUUUUUUAUUCUUAUAAAAUGUUUUAGAAAAUGUUAAAUUAAUAUUAAUCAACUUAAAAUAUUGCACAAGAUUUUACAUACAUGCAUGCUUAUUAUUAAUGGUUCUUAAUUUGAUUACUUAGUUGUUAAAUGACAGAAGACUGGUGUGAUGAUAGUUGGUCCUUUUCAAAUCACUUGUAAUAAAAUACAUAAUCAAAUGUUUGAUUAAAUAUGUAACUUUUUUUUUUAAGAGUGAGAAGAUAUUCCAAAGACAGAUAUUGAUGUUAAAAAUAAAGGUAUUUGCCAAAAGGUUUUGAACAAUUGUAAUGUGAUGUACUGCUUUAAAACAUAUAAUUACUUAUUUUUGUUGUAUUUAUUUUAAUCUUUUUUGUACUGAAUAUACCCACAUACAUGAAGGUUUUGUGAUUCUUUUGAAAUGUAUGACAAAGUUUUUCUUAUCUUGUUCUUCAACAUUUUGGUUUUUGUCUUUCCUCUAUGAUUAUUUAACAAUAGUGUUCUAUUGUAUGCACAAAUAAUACAGCAGAAAAAUAAGUAAAUGUUUUAUUUAUUCAGUGUUUGUACCUGCAUCCUUUGUCAUCUUUGAAGAAAUAUUAACUGAAAAUACAGUGUACAUUAAAUAUUGAGUUUAAAGUGAAAUAGAGAAAUUUCUUUGAACAAAUUUAAUUAUUAAAAUACAUUUGUUACUUAGUAACAUGGGUA